AUGAUCCUGAAAGUUGUUACGGUGCUGUUGGUGGUGUUUGGCCGCGUGUCAAGGUGUCAAGAUGACUCGCUGGCUGGUAGCUUUCUCUCAGGCCUGCUGGAUUCCAUCACAAGCACAGAAGACGCCAAAGGGUGUCCGGGCGUUUGCGUCCACACGCUGGCCACCUUGAUAUGCUACGAGGUGCUGGACGACAUUCCGUGCCCGUCGCCGAGCAUGAAGUGCUGCGUGGAGAGUAGUGCCGCCGCCGCCAACAUCAGCACCACCGUUCGGCCAAAGACGACCACCACAACGGUGCGCCCCGUGACGACUACGACGCAGAAACCGACGACAGAAGCCAAAAUCAAGGAAAAGGAUACUAAAAAUAAUUCAUCCUGCCCCGGGGUGUGCGUAGCCGAUCGGAUCGCCGACUACUGCGAGGCGUACCUGACGACGGCCGGCCUGUGCAAGAGUGGCACCAAGUGUUGCGUGUCGCGCGACAUCUACCCUGACAACGCGCCCGACGAUUUGUACGUUCCGACGGCCCACUUUGACACGAAAACGAACCGGACGACCACCCCGAAACCGUACGUGAAAGUCACGACGGAACGGCCGGCCACGACGGAGGAACCGAUCCGGUCGAAAACCAACCCCACGCCAAAGCCUACCCCGAAGCCGACGAAGGCGCCGCCGGCGAAGCAGAAGACCACUCCGCCGGCGCCGCUCGGCGGUAGCAACGGCGGUGGCCAGGGCCCGGUGUUCAAGGAGUGCGAGGGCGAGUGCGUCAACGGGCUGUUUGCGCUGUUCUGCGACGACCUGGACAGCGAAGCGUUCUGCCCGAACGAGGGCUCCUGCUGUAUCACCCGGGUCGCCGAAGAUGCCAACAAGCAGCCGCAGGUCAGCACGACCAGGCGGCCAGCCACACCGCCACCGUUGCCGCGCUGUCCCGGAUUCUGUCUGCUCAACAUAAUGGCCGCGUUCUGCGAGCGACCUUCGGUGUUGAUCUCGAACACGGCCAACUGCAAGCGCGGAUCGGUGUGCUGCGACAACACGCGAGCCCCGCCGCCCCGUCCGCCACCGCAGAAGCGACCUCCGCAGACCACCACCACCACCACGACGCCGAUCCCACCGACGACCGCGGCGCCGGAUCCCCGCGAAGAGUGCCCCGGCUCGUGUAUCGUCAGUCUGCUCAGCUUCACCUGCUUCCGGAACGCCGAAAUGACCGACCUGUUCAAGUGCAAAAAGUCCGGCACGCAGUGCUGCGCGCCCAAGAGCAAAAUUCUGGAGGUCCAGAUGGCGGCCAGCAAGACGAAGUACAACGACACCAACGGUGGCUAUCCGCCGCAAGCGCUUCCUCCAUCGCCCCCACUUGCGCCACAGAUGCAGCCGUCGAUCGCUAAUGGCCAGCCGUACCCGAUGUUGCCGGCGGGAGCCAUGGCCCCCUCGCAACCGCAGCCACCACAGCAACCGGGUUACGGGCCGCCGGCUCCGAAUCCAUACCCCGGGCCGAUCAGCAACAACAUCUACGAGGUACCGCCGACCCAACAACCAGCCGCGGCCUAUCCACAGUCGCCGGUGUACGAGCCACCGACGACGACACCCAGACCGCAGGUGUACUCCAAGUACGUGUGCGGCGUCAAGGGAACCAGCCGGGCGGCCCGGUCCUUCCUGAGCCGUGGGCACCUGGCCGGGCCCGGGGACGAUUCGAUACGUCCGGCACGGCACAUUGACGUGGUCGAUAGCUUCUACCGCUCGAAGAGCUCCGAGCGGCUAGUGCUCGGUAGCAGCAUCGUUCCGAUACCGAUCAUCUACCACGAUGACAACGACACCGUGCCGGCGGACCUGCUGCAUCAUCCGAGCCUACGGGAGAACGACACGCUGGCCAAGUACUGGAGCAACCACCGGAAGGGCCGCGUUGUCGGGGGCGAGGACGGCGAGAAUGGCGAGUGGUGUUGGCAGGUGGCCUUGAUCAACUCGCUCAACCAGUACCUGUGCGGAGCGGCCUUGAUCGGCACACAGUGGGUCCUGACGGCGGCGCACUGCGUCACGAACAUUGUCCGGUCCGGCGAUGCCAUCUACGUCCGGGUGGGAGACUACGAUCUGACGCGCAAGUACGGUAGCCCCGGCGCCCAGACGCUCCGGGUGGCCACCACGUACAUCCACCACAAUCACAACAGCCAGACGCUGGAUAACGACAUAGCGCUGCUGAAGCUGCACGGCCAAGCGGAGCUACGUGAUGGAGUCUGUUUGGUAUGUCUCCCGGCGCGGGGAGUAAGUCACGCCGCCGGCAAGCGGUGCACGGUGACCGGCUACGGGUACAUGGGCGAAGCCGGCCCGAUUCCGCUGCGGGUGCGCGAAGCCGAGAUCCCGAUCGUGAGCGAUGCCGAGUGCAUCCGCAAGGUGAACGCCGUGACGGAGAAGAUCUUCAUACUGCCGGCGUCCAGUUUUUGUGCCGGCGGCGAGGAGGGCAACGAUGCGUGCCAGGGCGACGGCGGGGGGCCGCUGGUGUGCCAGGACGAUGGGUUCUUCGAGCUGGCCGGCCUGGUCUCGUGGGGCUUCGGGUGCGGGCGCGUCGACGUUCCCGGUGUCUACGUGAAGGUGUCCUCGUUCAUCGGGUGGAUCAACCAGAUCAUCAGCGUCAACAAUCAGUAG